AUGUUGCUGCUGCCAACGACGGUGCUCUGCGCCCUCUUUCCCGCCAACUCUGGCGUGGUGCAAGCGACGGGCAAGACGUUCGAUGCCGAAGUGCUUUCCAUCGAGAAGCCCACAUUCGUCGCCUUUACAGCUCCCUGGUGCGGUCACUGCAAGAACCUCGUGCCGCAAUACUCUAAAGCUGCCAAGUCGCUGGGCGGCAUCAUCAAAUUCGUCAAUGUGGAUUGCGACGAGGAGGGGAACAAGCAGACGUGCGCCAGGUACGGCGUACAAGGUUUCCCCACCAUCAAGUUCUUUCCCGCUACCAAGAAGAGAUUGCCGAGGGAUUAUCGAGGCGAGAGGACGGCAAAGGAGUUGGCCAAGUUCGGCGCGGAAAGUCUGCCUCAAACGGCAAAGAAGCUGACCGCAGAGGCUCUCAUCGAUUUCGUCGAUGCUGUGA